UCUUGCUCUCUUGAGAAGUUUCACUUCCUGUUUGUGUCCUGACUGAGCUGUGCAGUCACUGUGAGGCAGGACAGCACUUCAUCUGCGCUCCCUAUCAGCUCAUCGCACACUUUAUUACCUGCAAAUGGCCCUCCGGUGGCUGAGCUGCAGUACUGCAGUGUUGCUGCUUUUGGUUCACAUCGUCCCAGCUGACACACAGAACUGCAACAGGGCACUCAACGGGAUUCCCGGGAUACCAGGCACUCAUGGGCCCAACGGCAGGGAUGGUGCUAAAGGAGAGAAGGGAGACCCUGGUGAGGCAGGUCAACCCAUCAGGGGUCAGAAAGGGGCUCCUGGUCCAUUUGGUCCCCCGGGGCGCUCUGGGAUGAAAGGGGAGCCCGGUCUUCCGGGACCUGAUGGAUUUUCAGGCCAACCAGGGGAGAAAGGAAGGCCCUUCAACCCUUCCAGCCAGCAGAAAUCCUUCUUCUCCUACAAACGUUUGAUAUCAACAGCACCAGAGAUGGACACUCCCAUCAUCUUCAACGGAGCUAUUUUACCCGACCUGGACAAACAGCUUCAAGGAGAAUUGCUGACAAAUGAAACGACGUACGUAUGCAGCGUCAAAGGCGUCUAUUUCUUCAGUUACCACAUCUCAGCGAGGUCAAAGGUGUGCCUGAAGCUGGAGAAAAAUGGCGAGACUCACAGCGAAACGUGCGACCAGGCCGACGGGUUUCUGGUCACCUCCGGCUCUGCGGUCCUGGAGCUGGAGGUCGGCGACACGGUCGCACUGAAGGUGACCAGGCACAACUACAUCGUGGAACCGAGAAGCACCAGCCACACGUUCACUGGCUUCCUGAUCUUCCCGACCGCCUGAAUCUGCAGCUCCUCGACCACACGGCUAAUAAAGCUUCUUAAAGGAAAUGUGUCUUUAACUCAGCCACAUCAUAAUAACAGUACGGGUCAUCAUAAUAACUACAAAUCAUGUGUUACUCAUGCACACAUAACAGUUUAUACUGAUAAAACAAAAGUUUGUUUCUGUGAUGUUUUAUUAGAAGUGUGAAUCCUGCUUUUAUGCUUCUUCAUAAAAUUACUAAAGAUUACUCCAUUGAUGUCUGAUUAUCAGAUAUUUCCCUUUGAAUAUGUUGGCCUCAGUAUCAGACCUACAGAAUGAAUUUUCUUAAAUGUACAAAAUAAAACUG